CGUGGUCAGUCAAGCUCGCGUGUUACUUGAGACUCCGAUUCACUCCAGUCUGCACAUCUUGCUUCUUGAGCAUCGUUGUGGCAGUAAUAAGUCUCGCCUUGUUUGAUAUUUUCUGUCCUUCUUUUUUCCCAAUCUCAUUUGCGUUGUGUGAACAAUGAGUUUCCAACCAGUCAAUCCACGUCCUUUUCUCCAGGCCAGAGUUGGCACUGAGCUCAUUAUCCGCCUAAAAUGGGGCCAGACUGAAUACCGCGGCAAGCUUGAGAGCAUCGACUCAUAUAUGAACGUCUUGCUACGAGAAACCGAGGAGUUUAUUGAUGGGAAAAACACGGGUAGUCUUGGGUUGGUGCUUAUCAGAUGCAACAAUAUCCUCUGGAUGGCCAGUGCAGAUGGUGUCGACAUGACGGAUUUAGGGCUGAAAUAGUCCAGUCCUCCACUCCAUCUUCUUUCCGUACUCUAUCCUCUCGUCUCUGAUAUAUCCGCCUGUCAUGAAAUUUGAUAUUCUUAAAAAGAACGUGUGUGACGGUGUGUUGGUUUAUAUACCCGUUGAAUCGGAAGAACAAAAGGGCAUGUUUUCUAGUACCUCUGAAAAUCGCUAGAUAUUAUACGUGGGAUCGCCGGCGUUUAAUGAAUGAAUGAUAUGUUCUUUGAUUUGGACUUCAGAAUUUCUGAGUGUAUUCAAUGUAUUCAAUGUACUCAGGCGCUGUGUUACACUACAGUCCCGGGUAUCAUUUCAUCCUCGUCUUCAUAAGACUCCAGACUCCGGUCUUGUAUAAAGGCAUUUAGGUAGAACAAGUGAAUGGACUACUAGAGGUACGUUAAUUGAAGCAGCGCUGUC